AUGAAAGUUAAGGCAGGAAAACCAAAAGCAAAGUUAGGAUCCUGUUUCGGUAAGCCUAAAGGAGCUGGAAUUGAGGGUGAAUAUAAACCGGAGAAAAUUGAUGCUGAAAGACCUAAAGCAGGAGCCGAGGUUUCAGUCAGGGCCCCAGAAGUAGAGGGUCAUAUUGAUGUAGACUCUCCAGAUAUAAAGAUAAAAAGAGGAAAACCAAAGUCGAGAUUGGGACCCUGCUUUGGAAAGGCAAAGGGUGAAGUAGACGGUGAAUAUAAACCAGGAAGUCUUUCUGUAAAGAGUCCUGAUGUUGGUGUAGGAGCACGUGUACCGAGCCCUGAUAUUAGUGCAGAAGCAAGUGUGCAACGUCCUGAUGUUGAAGCAGGAGUAAGUGUGAAAAGUCCUGAUAUUGAAGGUGAAAUUGAUAUCGAAUCACCUAAAGUGGAAGUUAAAGGUAAAAAGGUAUCUGGAAAGCCUAAAGUCAACUUGGGAUCUUGCUUUGGUAAACCCAAGGAACCAAAGAUCAAAGAAGUGGAUCUUGAAGUCCCAGGAGCACAAAUACGAGGCGAAGUACCUGAAGCAAGAGGGGACAUAGAAAUGAAGAUCGAUGAGCCAGAUUUUGAACCCUCCCUGGAAAUCAAGGGUGAUAUUCCUGAUAUACCAAAAGUUCAGGCAGAAAUCGGUGGCAGAGCAGAUAUACCAGAAAUUGAAAUGAAGAGGAAUGUUCCAAAGCUUCCUGAAGUUAAAGCUAGUAUUGGUUCGCCUGAAUUGAAUAUAAAAGGGGAAAUGCCGAAAUUGAAGACAAAGGGGGAUGCUGAUGUUGAAGUAAGUGCUCCAAGUAUUUCAGGAGAUAUUAAGGGGGAUCUUCCCAAAGUUGAGGUCACUGUACCAUCCGGCCCUACAUUGCCAAGUGCAGAAAUUAAAGGGGAGGUCAAGAGCCCAGUUUUAUCAGGUUCAGGAGAGAUACCAAAGACUGAACUAAAGACAAAGAAAGCAAAACUUGGUCCCUGUGCUUGCUUGGGCAAACCAGGCAAAGAAGAGCCAUAUAUGGCAGCAGAGGUUGGAGGGAAAGUUAGUGGAGAAGUUGAAAGCAUAGAUGCAGGCCUUGAAAGACCAAAAGGUAGUAUUGCAGUUGAGGUCGAUUCUCCUGAAAUUAAGAACAAAAAGGUUAAGGCCUCAGGAAAGCCUAAGAUGUCAUUUGGAUCUUGCUUUGGUAAAGGAAAGCCUCCUAGUGUUAGUGGAGAAAUUUCAACUGGUCUUGAUGUAGAUGUAAAGCCAGAUCAACCUGACUUUAACAUCUCUGCUGAGGCUCCAGUUCCACCUAUGCGAAAGGGAAAGAAAUUCAAGGUCAAGUCUCCAGAUGUUGACAUGAAUAUUGGAAGCAUAGAUAUAAAUGCAGAUGUUCCUGAAGUUGGAAUAGAUGCUUCUGGUAUUGGAAUAAAGACUAGUGGAUCAGAUAUCAAUGGUAGUCUUGAUAUCCCAGACUUUGAAGGCCGUAUUAAAAGCCCACAUGUAAAGGGUAGCGUUGAAAUUCCAGAAGUUAAAGGCAAGAUCGGUAUGCCUGAAAUAAAGGGUAGGGGUGAAAUCCAAGGAACUGUGCCUGAUAUCAAAGCUAAUACUGAUGUUGCAGGAUUUAGUGGCAGAAUUAGCAUGCCAGAAAUGAAUGGAAAUGUUGACAUUCCAGGCUUUGGAAGCAAAAUUGGUAUGCCAGAUCUCGAUGGUAGAGCAGAUAUUCAAGGGUUUAGAGGCAAGGUUGACAUGCCAGAAAUCCCAGUCUUUGGCGCCAAGGUAGACAUGCCAGAUAUCAAAGGCAAAGCUGAGUUACCAGGCUUUGGAGGAAAAGUUGACAUGCCAGAAAUUAAGGGCAGUGUUGGACUUCCAGGCUUUGAAGGCAGGAUAGACAUGCCAGAGAUGAAGGGCAAUGUUGACAUGCCAGGCUUUGAAGGAAAGGUUGACAUGCCAGGCUUUGGAGGAAAGGUUGACAUGCCAGAGAUGAAGGGCAAGGUUGACAUGCCAGGCUUUGAAGGAAAGGUUGACAUGCCAGGCUUUGGAGGAAAGGUUGACAUGCCAGGCUUUGGAGGAAAGGUUGACAUGCCAGAGAUGAAGGGGAAGGUUGACAUGCCAGGCUUUGAAGGAAAGGUUGACAUGCCAGGCUUUGGAGGAAAGGUUGACAUGCCAGGCUUUGGAGGAAAGGUUGACAUGCCAGAGAUGAAGGGCAAGAUUGACAUGCCAGGCUUUGGAGGAAAGGUUGACAUGCCAGAGAUGAAGGGCAAGAUUGACAUGCCUGAAAUCAAGGGCAAUGUUGGAAUCCCAGGCUUUGGAGGAAAGGUUGACAUGCCAGAGAUGAAGGGCAAGGUUGACAUGCCAGGCUUUGAAGGAAAGGUUGACAUGCCAGGCUUUGGAGGAAAGGUUGACAUGCCAGAGAUGAAGGGCAAGAUUGACAUGCCUGAAAUCAAGGGCAAUGUUGGAAUCCCAGGCUUUGGAGGAAAGGUUGACAUGCCAGAGAUGAAGGGCAAGGUUGACAUGCCAGGCUUUGGAGGAAAGGUUGACAUGCCAGAGAUCAAGGGCAAGGUUGACAUGCCAGAGAUGAAGGGCAAGGUUGACAUGCCUGGCUUUGAAGGAAAGGUUGACAUGCCAGGCUUUGAAGGAAAGGUUGACAUGCCAGAGAUGAAGGGCAAGAUUGACAUGCCUGAAAUCAAGGGCAAUGUUGGAAUCCCAGGCUUUGGAGGAAAGGUUGACAUGCCAGAGAUGAAGGGCAAGAUUGACAUGCCUGAAAUCAAGGGCAAUGUUGGAAUCCCAGGCUUUGGAGGAAAGGUUGACAUGCCAGGCUUUGGAGGAAAGGUUGACAUGCCAGAGAUGAAGGGCAAGGUUGACAUGCCAGGCUUUGGAGGAAAAGUUGACAUGCCAGAGAUGAAGGGCAAGAUUGACAUGCCUGAAAUCAAGGGCAAGGUUGACAUGCCAGAGAUGAAGGGCAAGAUUGACAUGCCUGAAAUCAAGGGCAAUGUUGGAAUCCCAGGCUUUGGAGGAAAGGUUGACAUGCCAGAGAUGAAGGGCAAGGUUGACAUGCCAGGCUUUGAAGGAAAGGUUGACAUGCCAGGCUUUGGAGGAAAGGUUGACAUGCCAGAGAUGAAGGGCAAAGUUGACAUGCCAGAGAUGAAGGGCAAGGUUGACAUGCCAGGCUUUGAAGGAAAGGUUGACAUGCCAGGCUUUGAAGGAAAGGUUGACAUGCCAGGCUUUGGAGGAAAGGUUGACAUGCCAGAGAUGAAGGGCAAGAUUGACAUGCCAGAAAUCAAGGGCAAGAUUGACAUGCCAGAAAUCAAGGGCAGUGCCAAAGCCCCUGGUUUUGAAGGCAGAAUUGACAAGCCACAAGUUAAAGGAAAAGCGAAAACUUCAGGCUUUGGAGGGAAAAUUGACAUGCCAGAAACGAAGGGUAAAGUAGAGAUAACAGGUUUUGGAGAAAAGGGAGACAUGCCAGAUAUCCGAGGUACAGGGCCUAAAGUUGAUAUGCCAGUAAGUGAAGGGAAGGUAGAAAUCCAAGGCUUUGGAGGCAAGGUAAGCAUGCCUGAAUUAAAGGGUAAAGCAGAAAUCACAUCUACUGAAAUUACGACUGACUUACCAGUAGUUAAAGGCAAGACAAAAUCCAGAGGAAAGGGUAACUUGCCAAAGGGCAAGGGCAUUGCAGAAAUCUCGAGCAUAGAAGGUGAAGUUGACAUGCCAUCAGUAAAAGGAAAUCUUAAAACUCCUGGCUUUGAGGGCAAGGUUGACUUACCUAAAGGCAAAGGCAAGGCAGUGAAGGCUGAAAUCCUAGAGAAGGCAAGUGUUGAUCUCCCGGUAGCUGAAGGCAAAAUAAAAAUGAAGGCUGAAAUUCCAAAUGUCAAAACUGGAGCUCUAGAAGAUACUGCAAACCUAGAAGGGGUUAAAAUUAAAUCCAAAGUAUCUGACAAAAUUACGAAAACAGAAACUGUAACUGUAGAUCCAGAGAUCAGAGUUCCACCUUUGGUUACAGGUAAUGGAGAUUUGAGUAAAGUUUCUUCAUCUGUAUCUACUGUGGUUACUACUGACAUACCUCUUACAAAAUCCAAGAAAAAGAGGAACAGAGCAAAUAGAAAGAAAAAGGCUAAUUCUAUGUCUGAGGAAGAACUGGAGAAAGACAAAGACCAAACAGAAGCACAAAUACCAUCUCAGCCAGGUCAACAACAGACAAGUGUAUCGGUAUUACCAAAGCUUUCGGGAACUGCUGCAGUAAGUACGAGUCUACCAGCAGGUAAACAUGAAACCGUAGCCUAUACAGUCACUGGUCCAGAUAGAACUGUAGGAGACACUAUGGUUGAGGAAUACCAUAGCCAACAUCCUGUUUCUAGCACAUUGGUUGUGUCUACUGGGGAACCUACAGUUGUUUCCUCAUCAACUGGAGUAAAGCUUGUUAGCACUAGGGUAAGUGGUGAAGGGGAAUUGAGGGGAAACAUUCCAGAAGUAUCGGUAAGACCAGGCGCCGCUCCUAUUGGCUGGGUCAUACCGCCACAGACCUCUCUUAGUACAAUUAGCCAUAAGGUCGUUGUGGGAGAUAGUGAUCAGUUUAGUCAAGAAUUUGUAGUUCCUCACACUCAAAGUAUUACAGUACUGCCUCAAAGUCAAACUGAACAAUCACAGGUUAUGAUAUCACGCCCAGCAGAAAUUCAUGAUGUAAGCAGAGAAUACACAAUAUCGACAGAGGCUCAAAGAGCAGAUGAUGUUGAAUCUUAUAUCAAGGGUAAAUUAGGGCCAUUUAGAAUAACACCUGACAGAACAUUAAGUGAAUGUAAGACAGAAGUACAGAUCAUAAGGGAACCUUUCCACAUAUCACCAGACAGGGCAGAGCAACACCAAAUACAUCUCUCUCCAGACACAACAGGGGAGUGGUCUGUAGGUCCAUAUUCCUAUCAAGUUAGAAUGGAAACAGAUUCUGAAGGAAAACUCAUUUCAGCACCUCAGUUGACUGAGUUACAGAGCAAGGAAGAUGGAGAUUCCAGAGGCUCUAAGCAAUCUCGUAAUGUCUUUGUAACUGAAGAUGCUGGUGGGAGAGUAAUAGUUCAUAGAAGAAUAGAAUCUCAGACACUGACUUCUGACCAGGAUGCUGAGCCAUCAGGUCACCGAACCCAGAUUGUGAGACAAGACCCAGAAUCAUCAGUUGUGACAAGAACUGAGUGGCCAGAGAGCGUCACCACCCAUAGAACUGUUCGAAUUAGAAAAAUCAAACGGGUUAGGGUAGGCGAUGGUCCUGAAGAAACAACCGUUGAAACUGAGUAUGAAGGUGAUCCUGAUACAUUAAAUCUUGAGUCAGUGGAGGGCUUACAGUCUGGGUUGACACACCUGCUACCUGACACUUCCGGAGAGUCAUCUCUACUCCGCUUUGGCCUUGGCCAAAGGGAGAACCCGGAAAACACACAAACAGUUACAACUACUGUCAGAAGAGUACCGGCUGAUUUAAGCCAUUUCAUGCAAGAGGGUUAUGACGAAAAUCUCGAAAAUAUUCUUGGUUCGACGACGACGACGACAACGACAAGGACUGUGCGGAAAGUCAAGGUCAUAAGAAGAGACGAAGAUGGCAACAUAGUGGAGUUCGAAGACGAGGGGGGCGAAAUCUCGUCACUGCCACCAGCGUUGACCUCCGAAGACGUAUCCACGACCGUCUCUGACGACGGUACUACGACGACUACAACAAGAAGAGUCAUCCGAGAAAGACGAAUCAUUACAAGUGACUCGACGGAGGACGCGAAUCGUUCUACCGUCAGGGAGAGUGCGAGCGGUGAGGGCGAGGCGGGGUCCUCACAAGACCCAUCGCAUGCAACACACUGAGUCAAUACGAAUGAAACGAAUUUUUAAAGAAUAUGUAUAUUUUGCUGUGUAUGUGCUUGAAAAAUGUCCUAUAUAUAAAUAUCGUCAUGUAAGCUACACCUGUGGAGUCCUUGUGUUCAAAACACUAUAUUUGAAAUUCGAGUGUUCUGAGUAUACGCUCAGCAUAGUGGCGC